CACUGCCAAAACGCGAGAGUCCGUACGCUUUCGCGGCGUAAAAAGUGAUUCUGCGAUGUUGAGCUACCGCGUCGAGGACGUAGCUCGUCACAUUGGAAGUCUUCCUGACCGGGCAUCGACGGUCUUGUCCGUCUAAAAUCUAGGAACGUGUAGGACUUAUAGAGUCCUCCACCGACAACACUGAUAAAUUCAUGUGAUGCAGAACACGGGGGUUAGGAUCUUCCAUCCCUGUUCAAGCUGCUCAAUCGUCUCGCAAUAACGGUGAACAUGUUCGGCAAGGUGCCACCGUCGAACACACCAGGACCACCGCCUUCCAACGGUGGUUCAUCCAAGUCCUGCGUUCCCAGACCGAACGGGACCACGUGUUUGCCGUGUUUCUCGUCGGACGAAACAGCCGGCUCGGUGACGGACGACGAGAAGUCGAAAGCUUGGAGACCAAAGGACAACUACAACCCUUCCAUCAUUUUCGACGCGCCGUCUGUCGUCGAGGACAAAUCGAAGCCUAGACGAAUCAAGGAAGGCUCGUCACCUCCGAUCGAGUCCUCCACGCUCAUGGACGACAAACCGAUAGCUUGGAGGCUGAAGGAGAAUUCCACCGCUACGGCACCUGAAGCAUCUACCUUGCUCGAAGACAAGUCGAAACCGAGGAGGAGCAAGGAAACAAGCACGCCUUCCGAGUGUCUCACGAUCGACGAUAAGAAGGCCAAGAGGUCGAAGGAGGGCAAUCCCUCGCUAGUUUCCGAGGCACCCUCCGCCGACGACAAGUCGAAGCCGUGGAGAAUCAAAGACCCCAGCAACAGCAGCGGAGCAACCGAGUUGCAUAGCAGUUCUCAAGCGUCUAGUUCCACGGCCAAUUAUUCCCAGGCGUCUGUCGCGUUCGUCGAGGUCAGCAGACCCUGCAGGACGGAAGCGGCGAGCUCUUCCGUCGCGAAGAACUGUUCCAAGUACUCGACCAAGGAAACUACGUGUCAAGGAAGACACCACGUGGGACUGGCGGCGAAAACGAGUACCUCGUCGAACACUGCCAUCCACAAGUGUUCCUCGAACCCCAAUUGCCCUAGCUUCGUCAAGCCAUCGGGCUGCGUGUCGGCGAAUGCGACCGUUAAGUCGCAGAAGGUACUCUGUUCCGCCAGUCUGAGCAGUUUGAACGCCGAGCUGGCUUCCAGAGAAUCGUCCAAGUUCGCGAAGAAGCAUAUCGAUUUGGGUCGCGAAUUUCUCGUGGGUAAGGACCGGGAAAAUGUAACCGGUGGAAAGUGCGCGUCCAGAGAGUCGCAGAGAGUCGCGCAGAGUGUAAUUUGUUCGUUGGCGACGAAAUCUUCCGUGAGGUCUUCCGAUACAGGCCAUUCCGUGUCGAACGGAAAAGGUCGGCCUGUCUGUGAAUCGAGCGACGAGUUACCGGACACUUCGACCACGGAGUUUCCCGCGAUUUCUCUGAUCCAGUCCAGCGAAAUCUGCCGAAAGUCGAGCAAGUCGUCCGUUGACAAGGACACAGCGGAACAAACCGGUGUGUCGACGGUUUCGAUCGUGAACUGCGAACGAAGCUGCAGAAGUGAUUUCACGACGUCCACGCCGUCGAAGGAUUGGAUGAUAAGCAACGGCGACGCGGCUCAGAGUUGCGUGUCCUGUUUACCGCAAGACCUACCUACGGAGCUGCAGUUGUCGUCGCCCAGGUACAGGGAUCGGGAGAAGUGCCGUGAUCCAUGGCGACCCACCGAAAUGGAAAGCAAUAUCUGCAACCUGAACGUGUUUCCCGGCGAUACCUAUCAGGACACGAGCACGAAAAGGCGGACAGGUGCUUCCUGCCAGGCGUUGAGGCACGCGGUCGCCUCGUUGAACCGUUUGGAUGACUUCUAUAUGGAGAAGAUCGGAGCAGGAUUCUUCUCGGAGGUGUUCAAGGUUACCCACAAAGUGACGAGUCAGGUGAUGGUGCUGAAGAUGAACCAGCUGCCGGCAAACAGGCCGAACAUGCUGAAGGAGGUUCAGCUGAUGAACAAGCUCAGCCAUCCGAAUAUACUCAGGUUCAUGGGAGUUUGCGUGCACGAGGGUCAGUUGCACGCCCUGACCGAGUACAUAAACGGCGGUAGCCUGGAGCAGCUGAUCAUGGCGAGGCACACGCCGCUUCCGCACCUGAUCCGGAUGAAUCUGGCGAGGGACGUGUCGCGAGGGAUGACCUAUCUGCACAGCCGUGGUCUUUUUCAUCGGGAUCUUACCUCGAAGAACGUUCUGAUCAAGAAGGACGAGCACACGUCGGAGCUGACCGCUGUGGUGGGCGAUUUCGGGCUGGCAGCGAAGAUUCCGGAUCCUAGCUCCGGGUACCGGCUAAGCACCGUCGGAAGUCCCUAUUGGAUGUCCCCGGAAUGCUUGAAGGGUCAAUGGUACGACAACAGGUCAGACGUUUUCUCGUUCGGCAUCGUGGUCUGCGAACUGAUCGGCCGCGUGCCGGCUGAUCCGGACGUUCUGCCACGGUCAGAUAACUUUGGCCUCGAUUACCUGGCCGUAGCGGAGAUCUGCGCUGCGGCUAAUCCGCCGACGGACUUCCUGCAUCUCGCAUUCAACUGUUGCACGUAUGAGCCAAAGUCCAGGCCCACCUUUCCUGAGAUCACUACCAGGCUGGACAGCAUGAUCGCCAACUACGAGGAGGAGCCGAAGAACAGUAUCGGGCAACGUCCUUCCGUGGACCCGACGCUGAUGUCGAGCAUGGACGAGAUCACGCGAGAGGGACGACCCGCCAAGCGAAAGACUGCUCGUCUUCGUAGCCAGUCGGCGGACGCGCGAGGCUGCGUCAACGCGACGCCCUCCGACAAGGCAAGAUGUCAUUCGGCGAGGAGGGUCGCGGAGCUCGCGAGCAGACGGGACCCGCAUUACAGACCCAUGACGGCUAAUCCGUUCCACGCGCUCGGCGGCGUCAAGAAAAUCCUCGGCGACCUGUUCUCCAGCUGCCUGGAGCUUCCGUCGCUGGAAGAUGUCAGACCGAGCGUCACCGAUGGUAUCGCCAAGUUCAAGCCCGCGCAGAACGACAGUAUCGCGAAGAUCUUGGACAGGAAGAAGCCGAACUCCGAGCCGAGCAGCCCAACCGCCAGGAAGAAGUGGGAGAGAAAGGUGGCUACAAAAGUGGGCGCCGCGAGCCUGUUCACUCAUCCUCUGUUCCGGGACGGAUGGGAGCCGAGAAGGCGCGGUAGCUGCGAGUCCGGGUUCUGGAGUUGCGUCGGCGAGGAUCUCAGCCCUGAACCGCCUAAUCGCCGGCACACCUCCACCCUCAGUAGCUCGGCUGCUUUCCUGCUGGACGAUCAUCGGACCAGCUCGAUAUAUACCGACUCGUCCGAGGAUAUAGCGAGUUUAGGCGGCGGGGACUCCUGUUGGGAGGAUAGGUUAAGCGGGAUCGGGUCUUCCAGUAAAACCAUUUCAAAGAUCGUCGAGUACUUCGAGAGAAAGCAAGCCGGGAGCUUGAGGCUCGUCGAUCAUGAUCCCGGAUCCAAUAGGUUGACUCUGUUGAGAGCGAGCUUAGAGGGUCCUGUUCCUCUGUGCAGCAUCUCCGCUGCGCAGAGGUUGGUCGUGUGCGAGGGUGCGGUGCGCAGCAAGUUGCCUCUGUUUGACAAGAAGUGAUAAGUGUCGCUUGCGCCUCGUAGAAUUCGUUCCUUAGGGUCUCUUGGUUUUCUGUCGUUAUUAACGAUCCGCGCGACCCAUAGCGCGGUACCGCCUCCACAGAACGAUGCUUCAACGUCGGUUGUACCGUGAAAUAAACGAUGACGAUAUAUCGAUGCGGCGAGAAUCUCAUAAAGCAAUAGCCACAUCCCCGGUAACCUGGCUAGGUUUGCCAAGGAAUGCCGCGUCGAACGAGCCCGCAGUACGUGAAAGGACUGAAAGUAAACGGAACCGAAAAACGACUAUAUUUUCAUCGGACUUGAUGAUUGACUAGAUUUCGAAACAGAUUCAGACCUAACAGCUCGGUCGAAAAUUCCCCUGUAGAAAAUAAUAUUCAGCUUAGGUUCUAUGAAAAUAUAGUC